ACAUUAUCAAAUAAGCAAUUAUAUUAUAUAUGCAAGACUACAUACAUAUAAUUUAAGGACAUACCAAAAAAAAAAUUUAUGUAAUUUAUUAAGGUUUUGACUUAUGAGCAAAAACCAAUAAUUUUGUGAGAUUAAGAUGGACAAAACUCCACCUGAUCCUAGACCUUCCAAUGCUCAUUUGAUAGAUAUACAAGAAGUAUUGUCAGAAGAAGAUGAAGGAACGACGUUGAAUAGAACAACGGCUCAGAAACCGGAGAAACGAGGGAGGGCGAGGCCGGUAAGGCAUCAAGAACCAGCAAGAAGGGCAGGAAACAGGAGUAGCCUAAGUAGACAAGUAUCUCUUGAAACAGGAUUCUCUGUUUUAAAAGGGACGCAACAAAAUGAGAGAGUUGCUCUUAGUAGGAGUGGAAGAAGUCUUGGAGGUUUAGGUGCAAAAAGUAGUGGUGCUGUUGUUAGAGAAGUUAAAAAGGGUGAUUUUAGCAUGUUUAAGACAAAAUCAUCUCUUACUAAGCAGAAUUCUUUGAUGCCCAUGAAAAAGGAAUGUACUAAUGAGGUGGAUUAUAAUCAGAAGAUUAAAGUUAGUGCAGAUGAUUCUGUUCCUGCAGGAAGAUACUUUGCUGCUCUCAGAGGUCCUGAGCUAGAUCAAGUGAAGGACUAUGAUGACAUUCUUUUACCCAGGGAUGAAACAUGGCCAUUUCUGCUCCGAUUCCCAAUAGGUUGUUUUGGUAUAUGUCUUGGCCUUAGCAGCCAAUCCAUCUUAUGGAAGUCGCUAUCAAUCAGCCCGGCGAUGAAGUUCCUCAAAGUAACCCCUUUUAUAAACCUAGUACUCUGGAUCCUAGCCCUGCUCAUUUUAGUAUUGGUGUGUACCACUUAUCUUCUUAAAUGUAUAUUCUACUUUGAAGCAAUCAAAAGAGAGUACUUCCAUCCUGUUAGAGUUAACUUCUUCUUUGCUCCAUGGAUUGUAGCUAUGUUUAUGGCCAUAGGAGUUCCCCCAAGAAUAGCACCAAACACCCUUCAUCCCGCUGUUUUUUGUGUUUUUGCCAUACCAACGUUCAUCCUCGAGCUUAAGAUUUAUGGUCAAUGGCUUUCUGGAGGAAGACGGCGUUUAAGCAUGGUAGCUAACCCGUCUUCUCAUUUAUCAGUUAUUGGCAACUUUGUUGGUGCCAUUUUAGGAGCCAGGGUAGGGUGGAAAGGACCCGCAAAGUUUCUGUGGGCAGUGGGUUUCGCGCAUUACCUUGUAGUCUUUGUUACUCUUUAUCAGAGAUUGCCUACGAGUGAAACAUUGCCCAAGGAGCUACACCCUGUAUACUGUAUGUUCAUUGCAACACCGGCUGCAGCAAGCAUUGCAUGGGAGGCUAUUUAUGGUGAGUUUGAUGGCUUAUCAAGGACUUGCUUCUUCAUUGCCUUGUUUCUUUAUAUCUCACUUGUCGUUCGACCCACCUUCUUCACUGGCUUCAGGUUUUCAAUGUCAUGGUGGUCAUAUACUUUCCCGAUGACCACUGCAUCAAUCGCUACUAUCAAGUAUGCAGAGCAGGCACCCUCGAUAGGAAGCAAGGGCCUAGCUCUAUCCCUGCCAUUUAUGUCUAGUACAAUGGUGGCUAUACUAUUCGUCUCAACCAUUUUACAUGGCUUUGUCUGGCAAACUUUGUUCCCAAAUGAUCUUGCCAUUGCCAUAGCAAAGAGGAAGCAAGGGAAGGAACAUAACAAGAAGCCUAAAAAAGCAAAUGGUAUAAGGCGAUGGACAAAACAGUCUCCCCUUUCCCUUGUUUCGGCUAUGACUAAAAACAACUCAUAAGCAAGACCAGCAACAAAUGAAAGCUUAGCACCAGAUUUGAUACUUUGACGUUAAUUGUUACUCUGUAUGUAAUAUGUAUGUAUG